AUGCCACUCACUCUCGCUGUGUCGACUUUAGCUCUCUGUGCUACCACGUGGACGGCAGCGCAGGCGGCCGCGCAGAGAAUCAACUUCGAACCUUGCCCUGGGCUCAAUGCGAACAUCAGUGCCCUUACGGGAAUCCCAGGAACCCCUUUCGACUGCGCGCAGCUUUUGGUGCCCUUGGAUUACACCAAUUCCCAAUCCCCGAGCCUUAAUCUCAGUCUAUUUAGAGUCAACGCAACGGAAGAACCAGUCCUUGGAAGCGUGCUCAUCAACUUUGGUGGCCCUGGUGGGACAGGCGCCGAAAACCUCCCUGUGGUCGCAGAAGAGGCCCGUAAAAACAUUGGUGCGCAAUGGGACCUCGUCUCCUGGGACCCUCGAGGGACGGGGUACACCAUUCCAUUCAAUUGUAGCAUUGCAACCAUGGUGGCUACGGACCCGACUGCUCAGAAACGUGAUCUCGGCACCUUGGCUGGUAUUAACCUCACCGAGGUCUUCCUCACAAGCGGCUGGGACACUGCCGGUCAGACUGCCGACUUUUGCUUCGAGCAAGUGGGCCACGAGACAGGAACCUUGAUCGGCACCGCUUUCGUGGCUCGAGACAUGAUGGAGAUCGUAGACGCCCUAGGCGAGGAUGGCCUUCUACGCUUCUACGGCUGGUCAUACGGUACGGCUCUCGGCUCGUACGCUGCGGCCAUGUUCCCUGAACGUAUUGAACGGAUGGUGCUCGACGCGAACCUAAACCCGCAUGACUACCAGUCAGGCACCUACCGCGACUUGACAACAGACACGGAUGAAGCCUUUGCCGGUUUCCUAGAGGCGUGUUUCAACGUUACAGAUGACUGUGCGUUGUACUCACUAGUACAGCCCAACACAACACAAGAUCUACUCGAUGUCCUUAACAGCGUGCUGAAGCCGCUCGCUCAGAACGCCACUUUAAGCGCCGAGGCUUUCCAGACCUACUUCGCCUUAAAGAGCAUCUUCAUUGAGCCGCUUUACUACCCGACGACAUGGCCCUCGUUCGCCCAGACCCUCGUGAACCUUCUAACUGAGACGCCUAAUCCAAGUGAGAGCGACCCUUCGCCCCCAGUCUACGGCGAGGCCGAACUAGCCCUACUCGGCAUUCGCGCCAGCGAUGCCACAUUUCACGCGAACUCUAGCGACGAGUACCUCCCCAUCGUUGAGUAUACGUCUCAAGUCAGUCCUAGCUUCAGCGAUCUAUUUAACUCGCUUUGGCCUUCAGCACGCUGGAGGAUGCCGGCAAAGGAGCGCUACUGGGGCGACUUCCAGGCCACCACGAAAACCCCAAUUCUAUUCAUUAAUGGUAUGUUCGACCCGGCCACGCCAAUCGUGGGCGCCUACAACGCAAGUGCCGGAUUUGAAGGCAGCGUCGUGCUGCCCCACAGCGGUUAUGGCCACGGCAUUUUCGUGAGCCCAUCCGAGUGCGUAGCGGAACACAUUCGGGCCUACUUUCAGAAUGGCUCAUUACCCAGCGGCAAUGUCAGUUGCGCGCCGGACAUGACCCCUGUCGAGCUGUGGAGGAGCAUCGUGCAAGAAUCUACUGGCAACUCUACUUCGGAGUCCAAUGGUAAUAGUACUACUAACGGCAAUGGAGCUGCGGAAGAUGUGGAGGGUGGAGCAAGCGCAUGGAAAAGCAGCCUGACACUCGCAAUUACGGCCGGGGUUUUGGCUGUUGCUGUCGCGAAUGUACUCUAA